CUUCGCUGUCUCGCGCUGCGGGCUCCAGCUUUUUGCUCUCGUCGUCGCGGACUGUGGCGCUAUUGACUCCGUGUCGUCCAGUUUUCGCUAGCGCCCCCGGUCCCGGUCGAUAACCUCGCACCUCAGCAGUUUCACCGCCGUUGUGUUUCGUCUCCACUGUUCGCGAUGAUUCGACAACAUAUGCCUCCGCAAGGCGUCUUAAACAUGAACGGCCCGCCUUUCAUCGCACCUCAGUCUCAGCCUGGCCAGCCACCCCAGGCCCAGCAACCGCACCCGUCGAUGCUGAACGCGAAUCCGCCGCCUCCGAUGGGUAUGCUCACAGGCGCGCAACCGAACGCGAAUGGGCCGAACCCUUACCAAGGCUUACAUAUGCAGGCGAAUCGUGUUCAGGCACCACCGCAUCGUAACCCGAUGAUGCACCCGAUGCAGGGGAUGAAUCCCGGCAUGGGCUCGAAUCAAUCGCUAGUAAACGGUUUGGGUCCCAGUCAGCUGCAGAAUAUCCCGUUCCCAAAUUCCAUUCCAGGCCCUAUACGCCGCGCUCCUUCGCAGCCGAAUAUGAUGAAUCAAGGAGGGGUACCAGGUCUACAUCCCGGGCAACCCGCGAUGGCUGGGAUGUCGAUGGCUGGGAUGUCUGGGAUCACCAAUAUGAACCUCCAACAACAGCAGCGCAUGCAACAGAUAAGGCAGCAACAGCAUCUCCAGCAACAGCCGCAGCAGCCUGGGCAAGGCCAGCCUCAGCUUCAAGCACCUGGCGGGCUGCCGUCCGACUAUAUGUUGGGCGGACGCCCCGGCGCCCAAGGUGGGGGUUUCCCGCCGGGUGCGCGGGCACAACUUAUGCCUGGCAUCCCACAACCGCCGAAUCUGCCGCAAUCUCAGCAAGGCGGUAUGCAGGGUCCCUUCACCAAUUCAAUGUCGAUGUCGCAGCAGCCGCAGCAGAUGGGCACUUCACCGCAUCCUGGUCAUACGAACGUAGCGCCCAACAUUGCGAAUGGCCUACCUGGAAGCAAUGGCAUGCCUCCUAACGGUGUUCAAAAUCGCCCCCGUAUAACACCAGAGCCUACUUUCGUGGGCUUUCAAAAUGGCCCAAUGGGUGGUAUGGGUCAGGGCGUACCUCGGAUGCCCGCGACGAAUGGCCAGUUCCCGUUUGGUCAUGCAUCUACUCCCCCGAAUGGUAUGGGCGACCUACAGCAGCCCAUGUCUUCAGGACGUUUGGGAACCCCGCGGCCCGGGAAUCAGCAGCCGCUCAUGCCUACACCUGCGCAAGCCCUCGAGAUAUCUCAAAACGGUGGCGAAAACAACUUCAACGUCACGAUGGGCAUGCCCCCACCAGCGGGCCCGGCACGACCGCCGUCACAACAGCGGCCACACCCCGGAUUCCAACUGCCACAACAACAGCCUCCUCAGCAGCAACCACAUCCACGCCAGCAGACGCCUUUGGCAGCGCAUACAUCUCCACGGCAACCCCAGCAAGGGCAGCAGCUGCAUGGUCAGCGGCCUCAGUCGCAACCUCAAGCACCUCAACGACAAUCUCCCCAACAGUCGCAGCAACCGCAUCAGCAACAACAGCAGAACCCUGUUCCGCAACCGCAGCCUCAGCCGGGGCCGUCGCGGACGCCGAGGAUGGCCCAGCCCCCACUCCCGCCAAAUAUGGCCGUGUCCAAUCGUGUGCCCCCGUUGGCUGCUCAGCAUCAGCAGCCUCAACAGGCGCAGCAAGGUCCUCCGAUGUCGUCAAAGCCUUCAACCCCUGCAGUCGGCCCCCAACAGCUUCCUGUUGCGCAGAACCCUCCGCAAGGGCCUUCCGUCCCUGUGAUGGGUCAGAUACCUACCACAGCUCCUCCUCGUCCACCGGCAACUGCUCAGCAAGGGCAAGCUCAAAGUCAGAGCCAGGAGUCAGGGCAUAAUCAGCAGGAGGGGCCGAAAAUUGAUUAUACGUUGCCCCGUGGCUGCCCUCAGUUCAUCCGAGAUGCCAGGUUCAUCGGGCUGGGGAUCGCUUUCAUGGAACGUUUCAAUGGGAACCUCACCACUAGAUUGCAUGAUAUGCAUUCACCGUUCUUCUGGAAAGACCUUAUUCACGCCUAUUUCUCGUCUACGGCUAUCUUCAAGUUCACGCUCUGGAAGGAUGGCCAGAAGAAGGAAGCGAAGCCAUUUGAGAUCGGCGUUCCGAUAUUGCCACGCUUCUUCCUGGUAACAGUGCAGUCUGGUGUUACCGCGAUUAAUUUCAGUCUCUCUGGCGCGACAGAGUUACGGGUUGCGGAUAACCCGAUGGUUUGCAAGGUGGAAAUUCCCCGCGCGGCCUGGACGUUCACAUACGCCAAUGGCUACACUGUCACACUCAAGGGCCCUUUGACCGCUCACAUGCGCAUUCACCCUGGUGCAUUUGACUACACGCGGAGGCAGCAACUUGUUCAGCCAGGUUACGCACUGCAGUUUGAACACUUCCAGUUCGAUGGAGAAAUUAUCGAGAAGUCACUGUCACUGAACAUCCUCGCGCCGCCCCGUACGUCUGAGUCUCCGAGCUCAGGUACGGGCCAGCUCGAAAACGAGGACGAGCGGAGAGACGAGCCUCGGAAUUACAUAGAGCACAUGUUCAUACCCGUUGAGCCCGUAAACGCGUUUGGCAUCCCGCAAGCUACCAUGCGGUGCCUGGAGCUCGCGGAAAGCGUCGCGCAGAUGGCGGAUUUGUUUCAGUACUCAAGAGAGAAGGGGUUGGGGCCUUUAGAAUCGUUGACCCACUUUGCGCAGAUGUUGCGAGAAAAUGGUGCUGGACAAGGUCCACCAUUGGUUGGCAACAAUAUGUUGAGCCAUCAUCUGCCUAACUACGCCAUGGGCGGACCUGGUGACAUGCAUCCAUCUGGUCUGCCAACAUCGUCGUCAUCCGCGCUAUACCAGGUGCCAACUGCAAAUGGUCAGCAUCCUGCGCCGCAACAGUCUCAGCCGGGCAACGCGACAAACGCAGAUGGUACCCCCAAACCAGGCAACGCUAUCCCAAAGACGCCACAAGCAUCGGGGUCGACGCCUGGGCCCUCCGCUGCAACACCGGCUGCUGCGCCGACACCUACUGCGGCCACAUUGACUCCGGUCACCACACCUGCAACGCUCAAGCGGAAAGCGGGAGCUGAAGUGGCAUCGCCGACCGUGAGCAGCCAAGACCCACCUUCAAAGCGAGCGGCGCGAAAGCGGACGCGGACACAAAAUGGGCCAUAGUGUUCGUUCUCUCCUUGGACUGUAUUUGUUGCUGGCUCGCUUCCAGUUCCUCUUUAUAAUCUUUCCGUGCUUUUGGAUCCGCAUUCGUAACUCAAUGAUACUUUACUCAGCAUAGCAUAGAUUGUAUUGUACUCAUACGCAAAGCGCUCUGUCGCUCCGAUGCAUAGGUUGGAAAGGCGUUCGCGAUGUCUCAACAGCCAUCUAGUAUUUAUCUCCUGUACACUGUACCUAGUAAUUGAUUCUGAGG